AUGUCGUUGAACUUGCAGGAGCGGCAGGGCACCGCCCUCCAGGCGAUGCUCGCCUUGGCUCCGCAUCGGCCGAAUUCUUUUUCGCAAACCGACGGAUCUCUCCCCCAAGCCUCCACCGCGUGGAAAAUUCUCAUUUUCGACCACGUCGCAAAAGACAUCCUCGCCCCCCUUAUGACGGUGGGCAUGCUGCGACGCCAAGGGGUAACUUUGCAUCUGCCGCUCGCUUCCCGUCGGUCGCCUGUCCACGAAGCUCCAGCUGUUUACCUCCUGUCGCCGACCGAGGAAAACGUGCAGCUUUUGCUGGAGGAACUCCAGCAGAAACUCUACGCGUUCUACUUCUUCAACUUCACAGAUCGGCUUUCCGAAGAUCUCAUGCAGCUUCUCGCUCGCGGAGCCGUCGAGGCGGGAAUGGUGUCGCAAGUUGUGUCGGUUGUGGAUCGCUACGUGGACUACGUGUGUUUGUCUCCCUUUGAGUUUUCGCUGAACAAACCUGGAAUUUACUCGAUUCUAAACGGGCGCUCGUCAGACGCACAGGCAAGCGGCGAGAAAACCGAAAAGGCAAUCGAGGAGGCUGUGGCUGUUGCCGUGAACGGCCUAUUCUGCGUUAUCGCCACAUUUGGCGUCGUUCCGCUGAUUCGCUGCCCCGCGUCGCCGUCUUCGCCCGCUCGCAACGUCGCCAUGAAACUUCAGGAGAGAGUCGCCACUCUCCCUCAUCAUGUCCAAACGCAGAUCUUUGGGCAUGCGUCUUCCUCGCUGCAUCGCCCGCUGCUGAUUCUCCUGGACAGAGAUGUAGACCUCGCCGUCAUGGUGCGUCACCCCUGGCUGUACCAGCCUCUCAUCCACGACGUGCUCGGGUUGAGGUUGAACAGGGUGACCGUGCCCGUCGACGCAAAGGAGUCAGUCGCUGGCCCCCAGCCUCCGCGAGUUAAGACCUACGACUUGGAGGCGCGCGACCAGUUCUGGCAGGAACACUCCGGCUCGCCGUUCCCCGACGCUGCUCUGGCCGUCAGCGACAGCCUCGCCGCCUACAACGCAAAGCUCCAGGAAAUCAAUGCGCAACAGGCUGCGGUCAACGCAGGCCCCGACGGCUUCGACGCGUCAGGGUCGGCACAGGGGAUUUUGACGGCAGUCAGCGCCUUGCCGGGUUUAACCGAGAAGAAACGGUCGUUGGAUACUCACACCAGCCUGGCGACGGCGCUCGUCGAACAAAUCAAGGCUCGCGGUCUCGACAGCUUCUUCGAGGCCGAGCAGAAUUUCGACACAGACAGAGACGCCGACGCCGUCGCAAGUGCGAAAAAGAUGAUCGCGCGAAGCUCACCAGGCACAGCGGUCGACAAACUCCGCCUCCUCCUCGCGCUCUUCCUCAGUCGACCUUCCUGGCCGCCUCAGCAAAUUCAGCAGCUCGAAGAGAUGCUCCGAGAGGAGACUGAAGGAGUCUCCACAGCCGCCCUCGACUUUCUCCGAAUGCAGCAGAGCUUCCGGACGCUUCAGACCGCCACCCUCUCCUCAGCGAGCAUGGGCACGGGUCCAGGAGGCACGGUGGGCGUCGGCGCCGGCGGUGCGGGCUCGGCGGCGCAAGCAGCUGCGGCGACUCUCGGAACCAAAUUCUUCGACAAAGGCCGGGGCCUUCUCCAGGGCGUUCGCAAUUUUCUGCCGGUGAAGAGGACACUGCCGAUCGCUCAGGUCGUCUCCACGCUGCUGGAAAACAAGGAAGAAUCCAAUUUCCUCUACGUCGAUCCACGCCGAGACGGGGCGGGUUCGGUCGGGAUGUCUCCUGGCGCGGCGUCUUCGACGCUGCGAGUGCCUUUUCGACAAGCGAUCGUUUUCGUCGUCGGUGGGGGAUCUUUCGUGGAGGCUGCCGCCUUGCGCGAACUGGCCCAGCGGUCACAGAAACAGAUUCUGUACGGCACAACCGACUUUGUCUCGCCUUGCGACUUCCUCGACGAGCUCACGCGCCUCGGAGGCGGCACCAGUCUCAGCAGUGCGUUGUCGAGCACCCCAGACGUUUCGCCUUGA